AUGGGCGGCGGCAACAACUGGCCCCCAUCACACUCCCCUCCCUCACCUCCAUCUCCAACAACACAAACUCCACACUCCGGCAACCCCAUUAUCCCAGGCUGGUACGCCGACCCAGACGCACGCAUCUUUUCCUCCCAAUAUUGGAUAUUCCCUUCCCUCUCCCUCUCCUACUCUCAACAAACCUACUUCGACUGCUUCUCCUCCACGGACCUGGUACACUGGACCAAACACCCACGCAUCCUCGACUUUGCCGACAUCUCCUGGUCCACGAAUCGAGCCGCCUGGGCACCGACCGUGGCAUACAAAAAUGGGACUUAUUUCAUGUAUUUCUCUGCCGGUGACGGCGCCGGGAUAGGAGUCGCAAAGUCGAAGACGGGCAGACCCGAGGGCCCCUAUGAGGAUGUUCUCGGAAAGCCGCUUGUGGCUGAUGUAUUGUUUGGGGGGCAGCCGAUUGAUCCUGCUGUUUUUGUGGAUGAUAAUGGAAGGGCGUACUUGCUUUGGGGUGGGUGGUCGCAUGGUCUGGGCGCGGAGUUGAGUGAGGAUAUGGUUUCGUUCAAGAGUGAGCCGGUGGAGAUCACGCCGCCGAACUAUGUGGAGGCGCCGUAUGUGAUUAAGCGGAAGGGGGUUUAUUAUUAUAUGUACAGUGUUGGAGGUUGGGGUGACAACUCCUACGGCGUCGAAUACGUGACAUCCACAACCUCACCACUCGGCCCAUUUACGAAAACAUCGAAACACAUUCUCUCUCCAGAUCCUGAUGUUGCGCAGGGCACUGGUAGUAAUGGCGUGAUACACGUCCCCGGUACGGACGAAUGGUAUAUUGUGUAUCAUCGUCGACCGCUGGGUGAUUAUGAUGCUAAUCAUCGAUAUGUCUGUAUUGAUCGGAUGGAGUUUGAUGAAGAAGGCGGUAUUAAACCGGUCAGGAUUACGAAAGAGGGAGUUCAGGCUAACCCUCUGUGA